AUGCUAACACAGCAAAGCCUUGGUCAUUUGCCAAAGGGCUAUGUAGAUGGCGAGAUCAGGAUUGAGUGGAUCAAAAACUUCAACAAGCACAUGAAGGAGAAAGCUGCAGGGAGACGUCGCCUCCUCCUCGUAGAUGGUCAUGCAUCACACUACACCUUUGGGUUCCUUGAUUACGCCCAAAAGAACAACAUACUUGUCCUCUGUUACCCCUCCCACUCGACACAUGUCUAUCAGGGCCUUGACAUCGUCAUCUUCGGAGUCUUGAAGCGCUCUUGGACGAAGGCACGCGACAAUUACGAGAGGACAAUCGGAGUUGUCAAUAAAACAAAUUUCCUCGAAGUCUACGCUACAGCACAUGUCGAAGCCCUCACCGUAGCAAACAUCAACACCACGUUCAAGAAGACAGGGGUUGUCCCAUUGAACCACGAUGUGAUCACGCUGCAGGCUAUGACCCCCAGUCUCGAGUCCUCUGUCUGCGGCAGCCUGCCAUUCCCUCCCCAAACAAGCCCUGUCUGA